AACGGAGCUCAUUGCGGAGCACCCAGUUCGUUGAGGACAUCGAGUAUCUUAUGACAUCGCUUGAGAGAUGAUCUGAUCCUCUCGUUCCUGGAACGUUGCGCUAUAUCCUUGCUCCUGACUAUUUGUUUGCUCGUGUGCGCCCCUCCCCUGGAAGUCUUCUCUUGGAUAAGCAUGUCGGGCCAAACAUCAAUACAAUCCAAGCUGCCAGAUCUACACAUUAACCUCCCUCCUAACCCCCAGCCUACACCCUCCAUGAAGACGGAAGAAGUGAUUGAAUCUUGGGAAGAUGAUGAUCCUUCUUCCCCUCUCGGAGAUGACUGCAAUACUCGCACACCUGUCGAAGGAAUGAGCCUCUCUCUGAAGCAGUCCGAGUCCGCAGAUCCUGCAUUGCGUCCACCACCUCCUACCCCAAUAGCUCCAGGCAAUGGUGCGCAGUACAUAGACUGGUCGCCUGCCCAGGUCCUUGGAGGAGGCCGUCCAAGUACCAGGCCAUAUACGCAUUCCGGAGCGUCCACACCGCAAACCGACUCUGAUUGGGAACGACGAAGGCCAGAGAAGACGACAGCCACCGCUAGUCGAAUGAUAGCUGCUGGGUUAGGGAUGAAGGCUCCCAAGAAGAACGAAGAACAAAAGCAGUACGAUCGAGCGGUCAGGGAACAGGAGAUGAAAAGAAGAAAUAAGGAGAAGGAGGAGAGAGAGCGUGAAAAAGAAGAUGAUGAAAAGGCCAAAGCUGCUGUUUGGGAGGAUUGAGGUCAACAGACUGUCAAUCGAUCCGAUGGGAUCAAGGGGAGAAUCUGAAUGUUCCGUGGUUACAGGAAUGUACUACAAAUUUGACGGUUUCUCCUGCUGUGUCGCUAUAUGGUUUGUUGGUAAGAUAUGCUGCUGCUCUCUGCCGAAAAAAGGCGAGAGAUCCAUCUUCUGUAUCCCAAUGAGGAGUCACAUUCAUCUGCGUGAAAAUGAGACAUAUCAUACUGCUAGGCUUAGGCCCGCUGCUGGGAGAGCAAGUCUGCCUCUGGGGUUGGUGAUUUGAACAGAACCUCCAUCUCCAUACGUACUUGUAGUAUGCUGUUAGAUCUCCACUGUCAUGCAGAUAACAUGUUCGUUCUCA